GAUGUCGAAAUUUACAUAUUCUUUUGAAUUAGAGAAUCAUAAAUUUUAAAUGCAUUACCAGCAAUUCAAAAUGCAGAGGAUAUGUUGCUUUAGAAGCAGCACUCCCCUUUAAAGAAACAACACUGGAGCAGAGUUUCUAAAAAAAAAGGGCAAGCACAAGACGAUGAAGAUGAUAAUGAGGAGGGCUUUCACUAGUUGCUUCACUUCAAACACUCUCCUUCCAUCCCCAAGACUAGGUAUUACUACUGUUACUGCUACUACUCCUUGCUCUCGUUUUAUUGCAUUGCUUCCAUUUCUCAGACACGGUAUUACCACUAGUCCUUUCUGUCGUGUUAUUACUUGCCCUAACCCUAAUCACAUACCCAAUCGUCUUACAAAACUUCAACAAUUACUGUUGGAGAAAUCUAAGGUUGGUUUUGAUAAGAUCGAAGAUGCUCUUGUUGUGUUUGAUAAAAUGCUCCGUAUGAAGCCUCUUCCUAGUGUUAUCGACUUUACUCAACUCUUGGCCGCCCUUGUCAAAAUGAAACAUUACUCUGUGGCUGUCUCCGUCUUUUCAAAGAUGUGCUCUUGUAGCAUUCCUGUUAAUAUAAUUACUUAUAACACCGCCAUCAACUGUUGUUGCCACUUCAAACGAGUUGAUUGUGGCUUUGCGCUGUUGGCUGCCAUCUUUAAGCGAGGUUUUGUCCCGGAUGUUGUUACCUACACAACUCUUCUCAGGGGACUCAUUUCCCAGGACAAGUUUCUCGAGGCUGAGCUUAUGUUCAAGAACCUUCUCAAGUGCAAUCAGAUUCAGCCUAAUGCAGUUAUCUUUAACACCAUUAUUAAUGGCCAGUGCAAAACAGGCAACACUUCCCAGGCUAUGAUGUUGCUUAGAUACAUGGAGAAGAAAGGUUGUAUGCCGAACGUAGUAAAUUACAACACUGUUAUUGAUAGUUUGUCCAAAGACAGAUUAGUCGAUGAUGCUCUGGGUCUUCUUGCCGAAAUGAGUGACAGAGGCAUUCAACCAGAUGUUGUAACCUACAGCUCGUUAAUUCAAGGUCUGUGCAACCUUAACCGAUGGGAUGAUAUAACACAAUUGUUAAAAGAUAUGGGCAGACACAAAAUUUCUCCAAAUAAGCAUACCUACAGUAUAUUGGUUGAUGCACAUGCCAGAGAUGGAAAGGUCAAAGAUGCUGAAUAUUUGAUAGAGUUAAUGAUUCAAAGGGGCCAACCUCCAGAUGUAGUCACGUAUAGUGCACUCAUGGAUGGAUACUGCUUGCGUGGAGAAUUGGAUAAAGCGUUAGCAGUGCUCAGAACCAUGACAAGUGAGGGGAUUUUGCCCGACAGUCAGACCUAUAAUAUAUUGAUUAAUGGUUAUUGCAAGAAGAUGAAAGUAGACACGGCAAUACACCUCUUAGAAGAAAUGCCCCUGAAAGGUUUAACACCUACAAUCGAAACGUACAGUACUAUUUUGGAUGGGUUACUUCGUACACGUAGGCUUGAUGAAGCACAUAAGUUUUAUAAGAAGAUGUUAAACCAAGGUGUUAAACUGAAUGUUGUGACAUGCAGGAUAUUGUUGCAUGGACUUUGCUGGAAUGGACUUGUUGGUGAAGCAAUGUCCAUGUUUCACAAUAUGGAGUCUUGUGGCUUAGUUCCUGACAUACACAUUUAUAGUAUUCUGAUUCAUGGAUUGUUCAAGGACAGCAAGGUUGACAAGGCAAGGAACCUUUUUCAUAAUCUUCUUUUGAAGGGUUUACAGCCUAGUGUCAAAACCUACACCAUUAUGAUCCAUGGAUUCUGCCAAGAAGGGUUGCUGGAAGAAGCAUAUAAAAUACUUUUGGAAAUGGAAGAGCACAAUUGCUUGCCUACUGAAGCUACCUACAACAUUCUUAUCCGCGGCUGCUUUAAGAAUAAGAUGUAUGAUGGAGGUUGUCUGCUUAUAGAUGACAUGGUUGCUCAUGGUUUCAAAGCAGAUGCCUCUACCGCCUCCAUUGUAUUCGAUUUGCUGCAAUUGAAAGACCAGGACCCUGCGCUCCUUGCUUUGCAGAAGAAGUUCAUGCCUUGUCCACUAGGACUUCUAUUUACUGCAAGACAUGGGCGUGUUCUUCAAGCAAUGAGGGAGCACACUAAUGGGAUGGAUUUAGUGAGAACGGGAGCUACAAGGUUUGCCACUGCUUUUCUUACAUUACAACGCUUGCAUAAGCUUAGGCCGGCGUUGCGAAAAUUGUUUGGGUCAGAAUAUUGGAUUGUGUCAAAGCUAUCAAAAACAGAAAAUGAGAGGAUAGUUUAUGAGAUUGUAUUCUCAAUAGCCUUUUGGGAAGGUUUAGAGGAUUGCUUGAAUGCAUCACAACCACUUCUUCAAGUUUUGCGAAUUGCAGAUGGUGAUGAAAGGCCUGCUCUCGCAGAGGUUGCAGCUGCUAUGGAUUAUGUAAGAGUCCAAUUUUCAAAGGCAUUUGUUGGUCCAAAAACGCAACUUCGAAACAAAGUAUUGAAAAUUAUUGAUGACCGUUGGAAUACACAAAUGGGGAAACCUUUGUAUGGGGCGGCCUUGUUUCUUAAUCCCGGGAAGUACUUUGACAUAGUUGAAAGGAAUCCUUCAUGUGCCUCCCGGAUAAGAGAAGACUUUAAUGAUGUACUUGAGAAGAUGGUUAAGGAUCGGACCCCGCUCCUUGCUUUGCUAGAGAAAAUACUCAAGAGGGAGAUGAAGAUUUCAUGCUUGAUCAGUUUAUAUCACUCGUAUAUUAUGCUUGAACAAUUACUGUUGGAAAAAUCUAAGGUUGGUUUUGAUAAGCCUGAUGAUGCUCUUCAAGUGUUCGAUAAAAUGCUCCGUAUGAAACCUCUGCCUAGGGUUAUCGACUUUAAUCAACUCUUGGCCGCCCUUGUCAAGAUGAAACAUUACUCCGUGGCUGUCUCCGUCUUUUCAAAGAUGUGCUCUUUUACCAUUCCUGUUAAUGUAGUCACUUAUAGUACUGUCAUCAACUGUUGUUCCCAUUUGAAACGCGUUGAUUAUGGCUUUGCGCUGUUGGCUGCCAUCUUUAAGCGUGGUUUUGUCCCGGAUGUUGUUACCUACACAACUCUUCUCAGGGGACUCAUUUCCCAGGACAAGUUUCUUGAGGCUGAGCUUCUCUUUAAGAACCUUCUCAAGCACAAUCAAGUUGAGCCCAAUGCAGUUAUCUUUAACACCAUUAUUAAUGGCCAAUGCAAAACAGGCAACACUUCCCAGGCUAUGAUGUUGCUUAGAUACAUGGAGAAGAAAGGUUGUAUGCCGAACGUUGUAAAUUAUAGCACUAUUAUUGAUAGUUUGUCCAAAGACAGAUUAGUCGAUGAUGCUCUGGGUCUUCUUGCCGAAAUGAGAGACAAAGGCAUUCAACCAGAUGUUGUAACCUACAGCUCGUUAAUUCAAGGUCUGUGCAACCUUAACCGAUGGGAUGAUAUAACACAAUUGUUAAAAGAUAUGGGCAGACACAAAAUUUCUCCAAAUAACCAUACCUAUAGUAUAUUGGUUGAUGCACAUACGAGAGAUGGAAAGGUCAAAGAUGCUGAAUAUCUGAUAGAGUUAAUGAUUCAAAGAGGCCAAAAUCCUGACGUAGUCACGUAUAAUAUGCUAAUGGAUGGAUACUUCUUGCGGGGAGAAUUGGAUAAAGCAUCAGCGGUGCUCAGAACCAUGACAAGUAAGGGGAUUUUCCCCAACACUCGUACCUAUAAUAUAUUCAUCAAUGGUUUUUGUAAGAAGUCGAAACUAGACAAAGCGAUCCAUCUCUUAGAAGAAAUGAACCUGAAAGGCUUAACACCUACAGUUGAAACAUACAAUACUAUUUUGGAUGGGUUAUUUCGUACGCUUAGGCUUGAUGAAGCACAUAAGUUUUAUAAGAAGAUGUUAAACCAAGGUGUUAAACUGGAUGUUGUGACAUCCAGGAUAUUAUUGCAUGGACUUUGCUGGAAUGGACUUGUUGGUGAAGCAAUGUCCAUGUUUCACAAGAUGGAGUCAUGUGGCUUAGUUCCUGACAUACACAUUUAUAAUAUUCUGAUUCAUGGAUUUUUCAAGGACGGCAAAGUUGAUGAAGCAAGAAACCUUUUUCAUAAUCUUCUUUUAAAGGGUUUACAGCCUGAUGUCAAAACCUACACCAUUAUGAUCCAUGGAUUCUGUCAAGAAGGGUUGCUGGAAGAAGCAUAUAAAAUACUUUUGGAAAUGGAAGAAAACAAUUGCUUGCCUGAUGGAGUUACAUACAACACUCUUAUUCGCGGCUGCUUUAAGAAUAAGAUGUAUAAUGGAGGUUGUGAGCUUAUAGAUGAGAUGGUUGCUCAUGGUUUCAAAGCAGAUGCCUCUACCGCCUCCAUGCUAUUCGAUUUGCUGCAAUUAAAAGAGCAGGACCCCGCGCUCCUUGCUUUGCAGAAGAAGUUCAUGCCUUGACUACAUCAAUGAGCGAGUUUAUUAAGGAAGCUGGUUUCUUGGGAGAUCCAUACCACCUGUAUAUUACAGGACCUUCCUGGAACAAAUAAAUAGGAAACUUCUAUUCUUGCUCCGUGUAAAAGUUUUAUACCUGAAUUUGUUGAUCCAGUGUGGAACAUUAUUAUUUACUUGCACUCUCUUCUAACUUUCUUAUCUAUUCUCGCAGUUAGCUUGGAUCUUUCUUUACUUUAGGGUUAGUUUAUAGUUGCAUAAAGUAGUGAUCUGUGCAACAAACAUAAAGUACAGGAACCAUUACAAUUUUUUCUUGAUAUAUUAGUUCUUAAUAUAUGUAUUUUUUCGUCGUC